AAAGGUUAUACACAAAAAAUAUAUAUGCGUGACACUUGUACUGUACAACUGGUCGAAGCAUACAAAAACAAACAUACAGAAAUUCCAAUACAAAAUCAAGUCGAUCAAUCAUAUAUCACAAUCUGAAAUUCCCCUUUCCAGUAAAUCAAUAUCGUGGCUACUUGCCAUUCAAGCCCUUCAAUUUCAUGCAAAAUAAUAAGUUAUUAUAAAUAUAAAUAAAACCCCUCAAUAAUUAAAGAUCAUCAACUUCACUACUACUACUACUCCUCCCUUUCUUGAUCAGUAAAUAAUUAAAAAAAAGGUGAAAAUGUCAAGAAAGAUGCUGAUAGAUGGAGAUGUGGGAAAUUCUGGUGAAGAAAAUCAGUAUGAUUUUGAUUUGUUUGUGAUUGGUGCUGGCAGUGGUGGUGUUAGGGCUUCAAGAUUUUCAGCUCAGUAUGGUGCUAAGGUUGGGAUAUGCGAGCUACCAUUUCAUCCAAUUAGCUCAGAAGUAGUAGGAGGUGUUGGAGGAACGUGUGUGAUUCGUGGCUGUGUUCCUAAAAAGAUUCUCGUCUAUGGGGCAACAUUUGGGCCUGAAAUUCAGGACUCAAGGGAGUAUGGAUGGCAAGUGAGUGAGAAGAUUGAUUUUGAUUGGAAGAAGCUUCUGCAAAAGAAGACUGAGGAAAUAGUGAGGCUAAAUGGGAUAUACAAGCGCUUGCUAUCGAAUGCAGGAGUUAAAUUGUUUGAAGGGGAGGGAAGAAUUGUGGGCCCCAAUGAAGUGGAGGUGAUACAAUUGGAUGGAACUAAACUAUCCUAUUCGGCAAAACAGAUAUUGAUAGCGACUGGUAGCAGGGCACAACGUCCAGAUAUACCUGGACAGGAGUUAGCUAUAACCUCGGAUGAGGCUUUGAGCUUGGAUGAGCUACCAAAGCGUGUAGUUGUACUUGGAGGAGGGUAUAUUGCUGUUGAGUUUGCUUCAAUUUGGCGUGGAAUGGGCUCCACUGUGAAUCUAUGUUUCAGAAGGGAACUUCCAUUGAGGGGUUUUGAUGAUGAGAUGAGAGCUCUGGUUGCAAGAAAUCUUGAAGGAAGGGGCAUUAUUUUGCACCCACAGACAAACUUAACACAGCUGGUCAAAACAGAAGAUGGCAUAAAAGUCACUACAGAUCAUGGCGAAGAAUUAAUGGCAGAUGUUGUACUUUUUGCCACAGGCCGGAUCCCUAAUACAAAGAGAUUAAAUUUGGAAGCUGUAGGUAUUGAAGUUGACAGGACAGGAGCAGUGAAGGUUGAUGAGUAUUCGCGCACCAAUGUGCCUAGCGUUUGGGCUAUAGGUGAUGUCACAAACCGGAUGAAUCUUACUCCUGUCGCGUUGAUGGAAGGAACUUUGUUUGCUAAAACCGCAUUUGGUAAUGAACCUAGCAAGCCUGACUACAGCAAUAUACCUUGUGCCGUUUUCUGCAUACCACCCCUCUCAGUUGUCGGACUAAGUGAAGAACAGGCCAUUGAGCAGGCCAACGGAGACAUUUUGGUUUUCACAUCAACAUUUAAUCCUAUGAAGAACUCCAUCUCUGGACGUCAAGAGAAGACACUUAUGAAGCUUAUUGUCAGUGCUGAGACGGAUAAAGUCCUUGGUGCUUCGAUGUGCGGGCCAGAUGCUGCAGAAAUUAUGCAGGGCAUUGCUAUUGCUCUCAAGUGUGGAGCUACCAAGGCACAAUUCGAUAGCACGGUGGGAAUACACCCAUCAUCUGCAGAGGAGUUUGUCACUAUGCGGUCAGUCACAAGACGUAUUGCUGCUGCCGGUAAACCAAAGACCAACCUCUAAACAUGUCAAUUCAGUUGGUUAGUUGUUCCUCACAAUAGAAAAAUGGGUAUACAUUAUUUUGGUUAAAAGAUCAUGUCACCCAUCAGUUGUUAGCAUUGAAUAACGUGGAUCUAUUUUGUUACCUUGGAUGUGAUUUUUUCGGGGUCUUCUAGUAAAUGUUAAUAGGGAAAGGAUUGGUAUAGGAAAGUAAUGGAACUAGUAAUGGAAUGGAGUUCUCCAUUACCAUUCCAUUUUCAUGUUAGUUUUGGUCCUCAGAAUGGAUUCAAUUGUUCUCGAGUAUGUUGUUUGGCAUGUCGCAACAGAAUUUUGAAUUGAUAGAAAUAAAUGGAACUUAUUAAAAUUGCAACGAA